CUUGCGAUUUCAGGUGUGUUUCUUGUUAACUGCUCUUUCCUAGAAAAUCGAACUGUAGAUUGUAGGACCGAGAACUGUAUUUGCGUGCAUGAUUUAGAAUAGGGUGAGGGAUGCUUUGAGUAUGCAUGGUUCAAUCUAUGGUGUAUGUGCUGCCCGUGUAAUUAAUGUGGUUGGUUCUAUGGUUCUUGCCUUGAUUCCGGUUGAGUUGUUUGCGAUUCAACCGUCUCUGCUUAAACUGCUAGCCUAGGUGAUCCUUAGGUGUGGGGGAAGUAAUGAACACAUACUGUUGGUCCUGACAAGUUUUUCUUGGCUCCACCUUUGGUUUGCUAAUUUUGCAGGAACAUGUCACUAGACCAUCCAUUUGUGCAGGACCUGCGCCUGCACCGGGAUUACGCGGAUCAGUUCCGCAAGGUCAUCCGGGGGAAACUGGAGCGCCACUACCAUCUGGAGUGGGUUGUUUUCGAGCAGCUCCACUGCAUACAGGAGCUCUCCUCCGCCAUCAGCCACCGGGAUUGGCGGAUUUUGCUGAAGAUCGAGGAGCCCGCCUACACCGAGCUGGUGUGGGAGUUCUACACCACGUUUCAGUACCUCCCCAAGGCGGCCCGGGACUCCUACGCGGUCACUUUCAGGCUGGGAGGCCGCCAACAGCAGCUGACUAUAGAUGGGGUGGCCUCCGCCAUGGGGAUCCAGUAUCACCCAUCCUCCCGCCACGAGAUCGAGGUCCCGAACCCGACAGACUGGUACAUGGAUGAGUUCUACCAGCGGAUUGCCCGGCGCACCUAUGCGUUCGACUACUUCGACACUGGCCAGACAUCUGUUCGCACCCUGAAGCCGCAGUGGCACAUUCUGAACCUGCUCAUCACCCGAUUCGUCGUCCCCAACGUCACUGGCUCCCACAAGAUCCCGAAGCGGGUACUGUACGCCAUGUACUCGAUGGGGGACCCGGAUCACAUUCUGCAUUUGGGUUCCUUCGUGGCUACCACCUUCUCUCGAUGCCACGGGAAGCCCAACCAUCUCUUUUGUGGUCCCCUGAUCACCCGCUUGGCGCGCCAUUUCGACAUCAGCUUCGAUGAACUCACCGAUUCUACUGCCCGGGGCGGCUCUGCCCCCCUCAGCCGGGACGUGCUUCACAAUGCACUCCUCCUGGCCACUGACGGCACCCGUUCCUGGGUGGAUGGGCUCUCCAUGCCCCCUGAGGAGGAUGCGGGCCUCGAUGAGGACGAGUAGGAUGCUGAUUACACCGUUGAGGAGGAGGAUGAUGAUGAUGAUGAUGGCGGGGCCAUGGAUGCUGAUGAGCCGGAACCCCCACUCUCUCCAGCAGGGGACCUUCGGCCACGACGGAGACCAGGGAGAGGUGAGUCCUCCUCCGGUCCUUCUGGUCCGUCGGUGGCUUCUGCCCGUCGAUGGACUUUUUCACAGAGCAGUUCCAGUAGAUGGGGAUCCCGUUCCAGCAGCUCGGUCUUCAGAACCGGCAGCUCAUGGACCAUCAGGUCCAGUUCUACCAGCAGUAUUCGGCCCACCAGGCCGAGUACCAGUCCAGGCUGACAGUUGUUGACGAGCGCCUUGGCCGCUUCGAGACCCAUAUGGGAGUCACGGGUGCUCUCAUCGAGCGGGAGAGAGAUCGAGGCCGCCGAUUAAUGGAGUACUCGGAGCACCUGCUCUAGGCUUGUCACCCACCAGAGGAGCACCAUUGGACCACCCGGUGGGAUCAUUCACCACCACCACCACCGGCGGAUGGGGACGACGACCUCAUAAACCAGAUCGACUUCACCGGUCUAGGAGGCCCCUAGUGGCAUGUUUUGAGUGUUUUUGUUUUUGUGCGUGCAAACUGUCUUGUGUCGGUUUAGUUUCUCUCUUUUUAUUUUGGAUGUUGUACUAUUGGGCUGACCAUUGGACCUAACGUAUUGUGUUUGAGCUCUUUGGUUUCCUUUAGCUGUGCUUGUUCUUGACUGGUCCUCUCUCCAGUCCGCUUCACUCCGACUGGUCCGCUUCCAGUCUCCUGCAGUCCGUGCACACCGGUAACAUCGUUCCCCUUAUCUUUCCCUCUUCUCCAUUGAGGGCAAUGUCGAUCUUAAGUGUGGGGGGUGUUUCUCUUUUGAAUACAUUAGAUCUGUUUGUGUGUGCUUGGAGCCUAGUCCACUGUCCAAAUUUUUAAAUUUGAGGGCUCCAAGUACGUGUUCCUUGCAAUUGCCUACUCAGUAUGCUUUGAAUUGACAGUCUCUAUAGUAAUGUGCAACCUAGGGAGGUAGUGUAGCACUAUGGAGGAUGUUCAUGCAUUUAAGAAGUCUCUUUUCUUCUUCAUAUUGUGUUGGUUGAUUGUGUGAAUUAGUGAUCUUAGGACCCUUGAAUUGUGUGGUGAUGUGGACUCUCUACCUGUCAUGGACUCCUGUAUCAUGUUUUAAAAUAAAAGGUGCUCAAAAAUGUGCUUUAAAAUAACGUCUCCCGUGCGAAUAGGGCGAAAGUGUGUAAGGGGAGACGGGAAUCCGUUCCCAAUUUCCACCUACUACCUCCAGCCCCCUUACAUUUCUUUCCCUCACAUGAGGCUCGAGACAUCCGCUCCUGGCAUGGCUGGUAAGAGCCGGGCUCCCGCAAAACCUCUGCUAGGCGGGAGCCCCAUUUUUUGAAAAACAGGUUGGAAUCCUUGAAAAUAAAAAUAAAAAAAAAUAGAAAAACAAGGAAAAAAUGGGUUCCAACCAUCUUCAAGAAGAAAAUAGAGCACCUUAAAAAUGCGAGUCCAUGAUUUUUUGUUUUUAAGAGUCCAUUCGUCCACGAUUCAUUUGUCCUCUGAUCACUAUUUACCAUGAUGCCGACUCAAGACUAGCGUUCUCGCCGAAGAAGCUAUGAGAUGACUUGUGCGUCAGUUGACCUCAUAAGCUGCUAAAUGAUCUAAAAAAUCCUCUAUCGACGAUCGGGGUUGUUUGUUGCUAUAGAGGUCCGGAGAGUUGCAUUGGUUUGAGUUAGGUUUGCUUGGGGACAAGCAAAUGAUUAAGUGUGGGGGAGGUUGUUAGACCAAUAAUUACACAUGUUUUUACCCCUAUUCUUGAGCCGUUUGAGAGGUUGAUUCUCGUGUUUUAAGCCGAUUUCACGAGAGGUUGUGCGUUUAUGUCAUAUUUCAGGGCCCGGCGUUGGAAUGGAGGCUAAGAAACGAGUGAAGUUGGG